AUGGCACGUCUCCAUGCGAUCAGUGAAACCGAAGACAAGGACGCCUCAGUGGUAACCACUGACCAUGGACAGUUCGUGUUCAAGCCAUGCGAUAAAAUCGGUCAGGGCGCAUUCGGAACCGUCUACCGUGCCCGCGAGAAGCACUCCGGAUCCGUCGUUGCCAUGAAGUGCGUCCCUGCGGAAGUUUUCAAAACUCAUGAACUGGAUGCAGUGGCAAAGCUAUUGCGAUCGCCGUACAUCGUGAACGUGGUCACGACGGUGUUACAGGGAGAAAAAUCAUUUCUGGUGAUGGAACUGUGCGACAUGGACUUGGAUGAGUUCCUGUCACUCAGUAACGGCGUGCUAUGCGACAAAGAUAUCAACACACUGUCGCGCUGUCUGUGUUUGGCCAAGUCGUACCUGUUCCAGAACAAAGUCGUACAUCGCGAUAUCAAACCGAGCAACAUCCUCAUCAACGUCAACCAUGGCAGUCAUUCACCAGCACUGUGUAUUGGCAUCGCCAAACUGUCAGACUUUGGCUGCAGUCACACGAUGACAGAUGACGAGGAGACUCCCACAAUCUCGGGCACUUUCUACUACAUGGCCCCUGAGGUGGCAGUCAAUCUGGUAAAUGUCCAGACUUAUGACCAUGCAGUUGACAUGUGGUCGAUCGGCGUGGUACUCUUCGAAUGCCUCAGCGGCAAACUGCCGUUCGACGAAGCGGACAUGUGUCGGCUAUUUCUGAAGGCGCUCGGCAAGAACUAUUGCUGCUACGAGGUUCCCCAGCUGACCGACCGAAAACACUUCUGGCAACCCAUCCUUAACGAGCUUCUGCAGCUCAACCCGAAAAAGCGAGCCACUCCUGACCGUCUCGAGAACUACAUAUUCAGCCACGGACCUGAAAUUGAAAAGCGAUGA